GUCAUUUUUGUCAAACUAUUUCAAUAUUUUUUAAAAUGCCUGAUCCAGCACAUCCAUCCAGCUUACAUAUAACUAUAGGGCGUAGUAAAAUUCCUGUCCGUUUUUGGAUAGGAUUAAUGGUUUUCUUUACGACGUACGUAAAUUAUGCAACGAGAGUUAAUAUGGCCAUAGCAAUCAUCUCUAUGACAAAGGGUAAAUCAAAGAAGACUCCGGAGUGUCUACUAGACGAAAUAACUACUUCGUCGUCUGCAACUCAGAAGGGUCUCCCAGAUUAUGGACCAAGAUACGAUUGGGAUGAACACAUUCAAGGAAUAAUACUUGGUAGCUACUUUUGGGGCUACACCAUAUUUUCAUUACCUGCAGGAGCUGUUUCUGAGUUAUGGGGUCCAGCAAGAGUUAUAUUUUGGACCACAAUAGUAUCGCUGAUUUUAAAUUCUGUCAGUGUUCCAGCAGCUCAUGGUCAUUAUGGGUUGCUGAUUGCCUGUAGAUUUCUCAUUGGAGCAGCAGGUGGAUUGGUAUAUCCAGCUCUUCAGGUAUUAAUAGCAAAAUGGGCCCCACCAGCCGAAAAGGGGCGGUUUGUAGCCGGUCUGAUGGGCAAUACUUUAGCAACAUGUGUAACGUGGCCUUUAGUCGGUUGGGUUAUUACCCAAUGGGGUUGGAAUUGGGGAUUUCAUGUUAUUACUGUACAACUAGUUGUAUUUUGUGUAGUUUUCUACUUUGUCUGUGCUAAUAGCCCCGAGGAACACAAAUUUAUUUCCGAAGAGGAGGUUGCUUUUAUCAAAGAAGCUCAGGGAGCAACAGUUACUAAGAAAAAACAUGCACCUCCAUACAAACAGAUUUUCACGAGUUUUCCAUUUUGGAUGUUAAAUAUUUUACAUUUCGGAAAUUUGUGGGGACUCUAUUUACAACUGCAGAGCGUACCCAAAUUCAUGGCAGAAGUUGUUGGUUUUAGUCUUAAAGAGGCAGGAGCAUUAGGAGCUUUACCUCAUCUAAUGAGAAUGAUCUUUGGUACUGCGUAUGGGUCGAUUGGAGAUUACUUAAAGAAGAAUAAAGUAAUGUCUCCAAAAGCUAUAAGAAAAUCAUUUAUUCUAGCCUCUCAUAUCAUACCUGGAAUAUUGAUGAUAUGUGUCAUUUUUAUGGGUUGCAAUUGGGUGCCGUUAAUAAUUUUACUAACAUUCAGUAUGGCUAUUAAUGGAGCAGCUGUGUUAACCAAUUUACAGAAUCCUCAAGAUCUAGCACCCAACUUUGCAGGAUCUAUUUUCGGAAUUAUCAGUUGUAUAGGAGGUACCACUGGAUUCUUAGUACCUGCGAUUACAGGGGUAUUUAUUCAAAAACAUAACGGAUUGAAGGAAUGGUCUUAUACGUUCAUACUCGGCGGAUGCGUUUACAUUGGUACUGGUAUAAUCUUUAUCUUGUUUGGUAGUGUUGAGGAGCAAUCGUGGAAUAGGAUUGCAGAUACAGAAAAUCAUUAGAAAAUCUAAAAUCAGUAGUACAAAAUGUUGAUGUCGACUGGUUUUCUUUAAUUGUGUAGACCUCUUUAUAUGGUUAAAAUUAUAGCUAGCAUUAAAUCAAAACUAUUUUUGGUAAAUUUAAACAGUUUCGGCUGAUUGCUCUCUUGUUUGACAACGUAUUUGUUAAAUAUUUUAUAAAAAUUUACAUUGUAACUACAUGUAUGACUAAUCACCAGGAUAACAAUAAUGAUUUUU